CACUCCUAUUUAUCAACUAGAAAAUUUCCCACCGUCGGUCCGAACAAACUCUAAAAGACAGUCCUGCUUUGACCGGUGCGUUUGAGUUUUCUGCGAUCCUUUGGCUGAGCGACGAAAAGCAAUGUCAGGCCCUCAGUGCUGCUCCAACCCACCAACCCUCAACCCAAACGCCGGUGCUGGCCAUGUUGAGCAGCUCGGUGGCCUCAGCAGCUACGUCUCUGGCUUCCCCGACUCCAAGCGUGUCGUUCUCCUCAUCUAUGAUGUCUUUGGUUAUGAAGCUCCAAACUUGAGGAAGCUUGCAGACAAGGUUGCAGCUGCUAGAUUUUAUGUCGUGGUUCCGGACUUCUUCCAUGGAGAUCCCUAUGUGCCCGACAAAUCUGAUAGGCCUUUUCAAGUUUGGUUUAAGGAUCAUGGAACGGAUAAAGCAUUUGAGGUGGCAAAGUCGGUAAUUGAAGCUGUAAAGAGUAAAGGUGCUUCUGCAGUUGGGGCUGCAGGUUUUUGCUGGGGUGCCAAGGUUGUGGUUGAACUUACAAAGUCGGAGCUUAUCCAAUCUGCUGUGCUAUUACAUCCUUCAUUUGUCACUGUGGAGGAUAUCAAGGGGGUCAGGGCUCCUAUUGCAGUACUUGGCGUUGAGAUUGACAAUCUGUCUCCACCUGAACUCUUGAAACAGUUUGAAGAAGUCUUAGCUGCUAAACCUGAGGUGGAUGGCUAUGUUAAGAUAUUCCCCAAAAUUUCACACGGUUGGACAGUUAGGUACAAUGUUGAAGAUGAGGCAGUGGUGAAGUCUGCUGAAGAGGCUCAUCAGAACCUGUUGGAAUGGUUUGACAAGUGUGUCAAGUGAGGAUUGUCAAGUUGUGUUAGGUCUUUGUUUAUAGUAUUAAAUAAGAUGGGUAACGACGUUAUUAUUGUAAUGUCGUGGCAAUCGUAGUUUCUCCAAAUUGUCGAGACUAACUAUACCUGUAGUAUGUAUGAAUUUGAAUAAUGUUGAUGAUGGGUAAAAGUUGCAUGCUUUAUGGA